AUGGAAACUUUCAUUCGCAACAAUUUCACUACACAGACGACUACUAAAAUGCAGCGACAAGAUGGUUUGGAUAGAUUACAUCUUACAGUUAAAGUGACAAUUAUAUCCUAUUUGGAAAAUCCAUUACCACUUGCUAGGUGCUCUCAUGACUGGUAUAAUCUAGUGUAUUCCUCUGACGUUAGGUCCACAUGGUUACUGAGCAGAUAUGGAAAAACUCAUGCAUUAUUUCAUGCUGUAAGAAUUAACGACUCGUUUAUCAAUCCUGAAGUUGUUGAACUUUUACUUAAGAAAGGUGCACAUAUUAGCCAAUACUUUAUUCAGAGACUGGUGCUCGGAUUUGGCAAAUACGAUCAGAAACUUAUUAAUCUCAAGCUAAUGUAUCACGUGAGACCGCCCGAUCUAUAUCAAGCUUCUAGCCCGUGGGCAAGCAAUCUUUCUGUCGAUGUCUUUUCCCAGCUUCUCAACGAGGGUUAUGACCGAUUUGGUGAAAAUAGCAUUUCAGCUCGUGGAAAUGACAUGGAAAAAUUUUAUUAUCUCUCAGGCGGACCACUAGAAAUCAGUCAAGCCAAAGUUAAAAUUCAAGAAAACAUGGAUGAAAUUAAAAAGUUGAUUCGAAUUUAUAAAUUUGCGCCAUUUCCUCCUAGGCCAACAAUCAGAAAUUCGUAUCUACGUGUAUACACCUGCGAUGUCUCCGAUGGUUACGCCGACGUCUUGCAAUUGAAUAUUAUUGCACGGCCUAUUCUGAUCUGCCCUGAAUUGAUUGGUGUCUGGAAGGAAAGUGGAUAUCAUGAAGUAGUAACUGAUGUAAAUGAUAUUGUCAUGCGAGGUGCGCUGCUAAUUCUUUAUCCACAUGAAUUUGGAGAAUGGGCUUUACCUGGAUUAGAGCAAGUUGUCAAGAAAUUAAGCCAUUUACAGUCGUAUGGUUUCAAAUUGACCAACAAGCUUAUCGGAGAUGCUUUAAUAUUAUUUGAACACAGACUAAACUAUGUCGAUAUAGGUGAAACACUCAUAGAAGCUUUUGCUAUUGUUCGCGAAAAGCCUAGGGAAGAUAUUCUUAUUAUUUGUCUAACGGAGCUGUUGCGUCCAGAAAGACAUAUUGAACGACAUGUUUCGCUUGACUUUAUAAUUAACUGUAUGAACAAAUCUUAA